AUGUCGUCGGGCAAGAAUAUGAGUUUCGGGCCAGUUCAGUUUCAGAAGCUUCAGCAACUGCGCCUUACUCAGUACCACGGGGGAUCCCUACCUAACGUGAGCCAGCUGCGGAGUGGCACGUCAGAGUUCCAGCCGUCUUUCCAUCAAGCUGACAACGUCCGCGGAACCCGCCACCAUGGGCUGGUGGAGAGGCCAGCCCGAAACCGUUUCCACCCACUUCACCGACGGGCUGGGGAGAAGCCAGGGAGACAAUUUGAUGGAAAUACCUUUGCAGCCAGUUACUCUUCGCAGCCCCUGGAUGAGAGCUGGCCAAGGCAACAGCCUCCUUGGAAAGAAGAGAAGCACCCUGGAUUCAGGCUGACAUCUGCACUUAACAGGACCAAUUCUGAUUCUGCUCUUCACACGAGUGCUCUGAGCACCAAGCCCCAGGACCCGUAUGGAGGAGGCGGCCAGUCCCCCUGGCCUGCCCCAUACAUGGGUUUCUGUGAUGGAGAAAAUGAUGGCCAUGGGGAAGUAGCAUCUUUCCCUGGCCAGUUGAAAGAAGAGAAUCUGUUAAAUGUUCCGAAGCCGCUGCCUAAACAACUGUGGGAGACCAAGGAGAUCCAGUCUCUGUCUGGGCGCCCUCGAUCCUGUGAUGUUGGGGGUGGCAAUGCUUUUCCACAUAAUGGCCAAAACGUCGGCCUCUCGCCGUUCCUGGGGACCCUGAACACCGGAGGGUCAUUACCGGAUCUAACCAACCUCCACUACUCAGCACCCCUCCCAGCCUCCCUGGACACCAGCGACCACCUCUUUGGUAGCAUGAGUGUGGGGAACAGUGUGGGCAAUCUUCCAGCUGCUAUGACUCAUCUGGGCAUAAGAAACUCCUCUGGUCUCCAGAGUUCUCGAAGUAACCCUUCCAUCCAAGCCACCCUCAAUAAGAUCACACUGUCCUCGUCCCUCCACAGCCACCCACAGACGUCUGUGGCCAGCGCGUCUGCUCUGCACCCGUCGCUCAGACUCUUCUCCCUUAGCAACCCGUCUCUUAGCACCACGAACCUGAGCGGCCCCGCUCGGCGCAGGCAGCCUCCAGUGAGCCCUCUCACGCUGUCUCCUGGCCCUGAAGUGCAUCCAGGUUUCAGCAGACAGCUCUCUUCAAGCAGCCCGCUGAACCCGUACCCUGCCUCCCAGAUGGUUUCCUCAGAGCAAAGCCCGCUUUCCUUCCUGCCCACAGACACUCAAGCCCAAGUGUCUCCACCGCCCCCUUACCCCACACCCCAGGAGCUGCCUCAGCCACUGCUGCAGCAGCCCCAUGCCCAGGAGCCCCCUGCUCACCAGCCCCAGGCAGCCCCCUCCCUGCCACAGUCAGACUUCCAGCUCCUCACUGCCCAGGGCUCAUCUCUGACCAACUUCUUCCCAGAUGUGGGCUUUGACCAACAGCCCCUGAGGUCCAGCCCUGCCUUUCCUCAGCAGGUGUCCCUGGUGCAGCAGAGUCCCCGAGAGCCACACGACUCUUUCCACUUGAGACCAAACCCGUAUUCCAACUGUGGGAACUUCCCAAACAGCAUCCUGACAGAAGACACAAGCACCAGUCUGUUCAAAGGCCUUAGUGGGGGGCUGUCGGGCAUGCCCGAGGUCAGCCUGGACAUGGACACUCCCUUUCCAUUGGAAGAGGAGCUGCAGAUCGAACCCUUGAGCCUGGAUGGACUCAGCAUGUUAAGUGACUCUAACAUGGGCCUGCUGGACCCCUCUGUGGAGGAGACGUUUCGAGCCGACCGGCUCUGAGCUAAAUACAGUGAGCAGGGGACUGAAACGGCCAGAAGAGAGGCUAUAAUGGAGCCAGCAAACACCCUGACAUCAGCCAUCACAUGGAGGGAGCCAUGCUGUCCCAGGCUCUCCACUGCAGUCCUAGCUCAGAUGUCAUGGCUUUUCUAGACACAGCUGCAUCCUGCCUCUCCGGCCUGUGACACCAGGUGUACUGCUUGCAAGCCAGCUACUUGGGAGCUUCUGAUGACUGGGAAGCUACCGUCUCAACCUUUCUUCUUCCUAUUGGCCGUCUAGUCAGUGUGUAAACGUAGACAGUGCUGUGUGACAGGUAGCCUCCAUAGCAUCCACAGAUCCCAGGCAGCACUGAAGAUGGGACCCAGCGUAGGAGCACAGGUAGCCUCCAUAGCAUCCACAGAUCCCAGGCAGCACUGAAGAUGGGACCCAGCGUAGGAGUCAUGUGGAGGCCACAGGCCUGCGGGGUUGGUGCAGCGUCACACAACGGUACCACAGCACCAUGAUGCCUUUCUAUCUGCCCACCAAGGCCAGGCCCCCUCCAGCUGGUGAAUGUUAGGGCCAAGCCAUUGCUCUGUCAGCUGGUGUAAUGAAAACGAAGAAGCCUAACCACCGGUCCCAGGGCAGGCUGUAGUGAGACAGACGGAGCUCGGUUUGCCUUCUCCCGGUCUGUGACCGCUUUUCUGCUGCGUCCUGUACUUGGACCCUUUCCUCGCAGACAGGAGGAGAGGGAGACGCACUUGCUCACUGAAAGAAAGUUCCCUGGAAAUAGAUGCGAGUCUAGAGAGGCAGUGCUCCUUCUAGGAGGCUGUGGGAAUGUCAUCUGCACGAGAUGUCCUCCAGCUUAGGCCGGCCACCCUGCAGCCCCACUGGAUGGAGCUGCCGGGGCUCCUGUCAGUGCAGAGCAGCUGAACUGCCCUUUUUCUCCCCAGCUUCCUCCGUUGAAUGUGAUCCCCCCACUAGACUAAGCUCCGAGAGGGCAGAAACUGUGCCUUGUUCCUUAUGGACCCCGAGUGCCUACCAAGCGCCUGGUAGAAGCGGGUGCUGUAUGACUGGGUGUGGCUCCAGUCGUGGAUGAGUGGAUGAGGAUGUGGUAGGCAGUCUGACCUGGAGCUAUCUCUAGCCCCUGCUUAAGCUCAGCGCUCCCCUCUCUUCCUGGUGCCUUCCAUUCAUACUCACUUGAAUAUGCCUUAACACACCAGAUGACCACAACUGUCCCUAGGCUCUGCACCCAUCCUCCUUGGGAUUGUGUCCCUCAGCAGCUAGGUGGGAAUCAUCCAGAAUGGCUGAGCACACCAAAGCCCCUAAGUGCAGGACACCUGGGAUCUUCACUAGGCCCCCACAGCAAAAUCUUCCUACUCAGAUCCAGGAUUUGUUCUAAAUUGCCUAAAAUAGAGGUGCGUACUCUGAGGUUAAGAAACAAGUUUAUGGUAAAUGAGGCCUGACUCCUGGGACUCUGGCUCUUCAUUAUCACCAUGUCACACAAUAAUUGGGCCAGCUUCUACCACUGCUGCCUCCUGGCCCUGAGUGGGCAAAGUGGUGCUGCCACAUAGCAUGCGGGGAAGGAGCCAGGCAUGAGGAGACGGGGGAGCAGAAGACACCCUAAAGGGGAGUCUUUGCUUGACAGCUGCUACCCUUCCUGAGGCUCAAUGACUGUUUCCACCCGGGCAGGCAAGGAUGAAAGAGAAAGAAGCUGCCACCUCUGAGCCUGUGUCAAGAGGAGCCUUCAGACAGGAAGCUGCUCCGCACCUCUCCUCGCCAUGUCUGCAUCGUCUCUUCUCAGGCCUUCCCUGUGACCCUUCAAACAGUCCUGAUGGUGCCACACUCCCCCUUCCUCUAGGACCCAAGAAUUUCGUGUUCCCUUUCACCUCAGUCUCUGCUGUUGAAUUAGGAAACCAAAUCAGAUCCUGUCUACCCGAUUCCACCCCCAGAAGAUGCCACUGGCCUCUGCUUGUGAGCCCUGUUUCCAGUGGAACUCUCUUACGCUUUGUGCCUGAGAUCCCAGAGCAGAGUGACUUUAGGUCUGCACUCUUCGUGCUGGCCAGCACCCCACUGUGCCACAGAAGCCAGCUCCUCUGUCAGGGGCCCCUGAAAUCAGAGCUCAGCCUCCAGGCAGGGGUCGGUGCUGAUGUCAGAGUUUAGAGAAAGGGGGUGCCAGCACAAUCUGCUCCCUGCAUCGUGCCUUAUCUGUGGGAUCAUUGCAUCAGGGGAAGACUGCACUGGAAUAGGAGACCCCAAGACCCCAAACCCUGAGUUGCUCUGCCCCUGGGGUAUUUUCCAGCUGAUGGGGAAAUAGAUAAAAAAGACAAUGCAAUGUAGCACUGAAUUAAAUCUGCUGUUAGGCCCACCAGCCUGAUCUUUUCAUGGGAGACGCUUAAGCCACUGGAGAGCCCACCUUGUCUAGGCGGUAUUGAGGACGCCAGGAGACAGUGUCGCCCUACCCCAGCCAUGUAAGCCUGCCCUUGCUGCUGCCUUUGUGACAAACAUGUCUUAGGCCUCAGCAUUGAAGUGGCUACAGGCUUCCCCAAAUCUCCUUUCCAAUGUUCUAACUUUGUCACACCAGCUGUGUAGUGGUUGUGGGUUCUAGGAUGUGAGUGUGAGGAGAAAUGUUUUGAUCGUGUCAAAGAUCAGUUCUCCUUUGCCCUCUUCCUUCUCCUAAGUCUACUGUGUUCUCUGAGCUGAAAAGCGGUGUACUCACGCUCGCGCACGUAUCUGAAGACAUUUCCUGUUCGCUCUCUCCAGGGCUCUUCUGAUUUAUGCACAGAUGGUUCCCAGCAUUGCCGCUGCUCCAGGAUGGGGCCAUCCCAGCAGCUAAUCAGACUUCCUGCCAGCGUCCCAGCUCCCGGCCCUUUGUUAAGCAAUAUUGAAAGAUUGGACUUUGUAUAAAGUAGCUUCCAAGUUUUAUAAUGCAUCAUUUUACAUCUUUCGUAAUUAAAAGCAGCACAGUAUG